GUGGGGGGGGGGGGGGGGGGUGUUGCGACCAUGCUGGGUGUUGGGGGGUUGGCGAGGUCCGGUUUCCUGGAGCUCCGCCUCCUGCGGCGUCCCGCUCGAGGAGUCUGUUCUGCUGCGAUCCACAGGAAGUCAGCAGCAUGUGUCACCUGGUGUGCAGGAGCUGGUCCGCCCUCAGCCCGCCUCCUGCCUGUCAGGAUGACGUCAGGUGUCGGCGGCGGUGAUGUGGCGAGGGAGGCAGCAGGUGUGGUUCCAGGAUCAUCCGGCUGGUACGGCAGCCUGGCGGACUCGGCUCCAGUUCACCUGCUGGAGCACCUCCUGGUGAGCGUGCAGCAGGGCAGCGGGUUGCCCUGGUGGCUGAGCAUCGUGGCGGUGACGUUCUCGGUCAGGACGUUCAUCACGCUGCCGCUGGCCGCCUACCAGAUGGUCAUCAUCUCCAAGGUGGAGGCGCUGCAGGCGGAGAUCUCUGAGCUGGCCAAGAGGCUUCGCUACGAAGUGUCCGUCCGAGCAAGAGAGAGAGGCUGGACGGAGAAACAGAGCAGGUUCCAGUUCCAGAAGAACCUGCGUCGUCUCGUGUCUCAGCUCUACGUCAGAGAGAACUGUCACCCCUUCAAAGCCAGUCUGCUGGUCUGGGUUCAGGUUCCUCUGUGGGUCAGUCUCUCUCUGGCGCUCCGAAACCUGAGCCUGCAUGAGUCUGCGGUGCAGUGUGAUCUGGCAGCAGGGGGCGCUCUGUGGUUCCCUGACCUUUCAUCGCCUGACUCCACCUGGAUCCUGCCGCUCGGUGUGGGACUCAUCAACCUGCUUCUCGUGGAGGUUUUUUCUUUGCAGAGACCGAAUCCGACUCGUUUCCAGAAGCUGCUGCUGAACUUCAUCCGAGGGUUUUCUGUCCUGAUGGUUCCCAUCGCUGCCACUGUCCCCUCGAGCUUGUCUCUGUACUGGUUCAUCUCCAGUCUCAUUGGAUUCAGUCACAACCUCCUCCUUCGUUCUCCUGCGAUUCACAAACUCCUCAAACGACCACUUCCUGGAUCAGAGACUCCGUACAGAGACCUGCUUUCAGCCCUCGUCAACAAAUACCGCAAAUAAAUAAACAGUACUGCAAAUCAUAUGCUGUGAAAAACGGGAAAACAAAUCCCAGUCAUCAAGUCAGACCGUUUUCUUGUAUCGUCGUUGAGACGAGAAAACAAACGAUGUCACAGCAUUUUUUUAAUCCUUGUGUUUUUGAACAAUGACCUCCGUUGAACACUUUGUUUUAACUGAAGUGAGAGAAACUCCAUCGCCUAACUUCCUGUUACAUGUUUGUUGAAACGAUAGAAAUCUGGAACUGAAAAUCAAACAGGAAGUGAAUCAGAGCGAUGAAGUUUUAUUUUGAUUCUCAACCUCAGCCCCAGAGGAGCAGCCAAUCAGAGGACAGCAUUUCUCCAUCGACUGAUGUCAGUGAACUCAAAUGAUAAAAACUGCGGUGGUUAUCCGAGUGACCUCUGACAUCAACAGAGCUGCUGCUCAUUGGAUGUUAGAUGGUGAUGAUACUGGGUGUCUUCCCUCAGGUCCUCAAUGGGAGGAAGAAGAUGGGGCUUCUUCCUGGAGACAAAGACAAUCUGUUGAUUCAGAAGAGAGGAGGACCAGAGAGAGCUCAGUAUGUUUACACCGGGGAUCAGAGAGAAAUGACAUGGGAGCUGUUGGUUUCUCUAUAAAGUUGAAGGUCUUGAGGUUCAAGGUAAAGAGCUUUGAGAUAAUGUAUAUUAUGGUUUGGUGCUAUACAAAUAAAAUUGAUUUGAAUUUCAA